AUGCCAGCCUCGUCUCCUUCCUUGCCAGCCCCCAGAGGGCCACCGGGAGACAUGGGGGGCCCGGCCCGAGAGCCGGCGCUCUCAGUCGCCCUCUGGUUGAGUUGGGGGGCGGCUCUAGGGGCUGUGGCGUGUGCCAUGGCCCUGCUGACCCAGCAAACAGAGCUGCAAAAUCUAAGGAGAGAGGUGACUCGGCUGCAGAGGACUGGAGGGCCCUGCAAGGAGGAAGAAGGGCAUCCGUGGCCGAGCCUCCGGGAGCAGAGCCCUGACGCCCUGGAAGCCUGGGAGAAUGGGGAGAGGUCCCGGAGAAAGAGAGCAGUGCUCACCCAUAAACAGAAGAAGAAGCACUCCGUUCUGCACCUUGUCCCCAUCAACAUCACCUCUAAGGAGGACUCUGAUGUGACAGAGGUGAUCUGGCAACCAGCUCUGAAGCGUGGGAGAAGCCUGGAGGCUCAAGGAUACGUUGUUCGAGUCUGGGACACUGGAGUUUAUCUGCUGUAUAGCCAGGUCCUGUUCCACGAUGUGACUUUCACCAUGGGUCAGGUGGUGUCCCGGGAGGGCCGGGGAAGGCAGGAGACGCUAUUCCGUUGUAUACGAAGUAUGCCUUCCAAUCCGGACUGGGCCUACAAUAGUUGCUACAGUGCAGGUGUCUUCCACCUACACCAAGGGGAUAUUCUGAGUGUCACAAUCCCCCGGGGAAGGGCGAAGCUUAGCCUCUCGCCAUCUGGAACCUUCCUGGGCUUUGUGAAACUGUGAUUUUGAGGUGGUCUCAAGCUCGGAAGACUGGGGUGGGGACAUACUGGAGGCAGCCAAGAGCUAACAGGAACAGAGGCUUCUUCUAGGGUUGACUGGAACCCUGGGUUUGACGACUCACGAAUCUCCGUGCCUCCCUUUUCCCUUUCCGCCCCCAUCCCCUGGACUUCGACUUCACGGAUAUUAAAGAAGUGUAAUCUCUUGC